AUGACUAAACCUCGGACGCUGGGCACUAUGAUGGCUUUAUUUGAUUGUGCAAAACUGGACCCAUCCUUGUCAGCAUUUGUUCGACCAAUUGAGUUUACUGAGAAUUUGCUGUCCGACGAGUACAAACUGUUCGAAGUGGACCCUGUUUUGGCCGACGAGAUUUCAGACCCUAACUCAUCUAGAGUUAUCGAGCUAAAAGAUGAACCGGGAAAGUCUUCUUCGGGACGUGUAUAUGCAUGUGCCACUGAACGAACGUAUUCUGUAGUAGAAACAGAGACGUCCAAUACACUACUUCUCAUUCCAAAUGGCUCUACCCUCACUGAAAAACCACCGGAUAGCGAAGAAUCUCAGUCGGUAGUAGUUCAAGCGCUGAAAGCAUCAUAUCUGGAGCUACAUCCUUGCAUUGCUCCCUCACUCCGUCUAUUAAAACAGAGGAUGUUGUCAUCUAAGUAUCAUGGCCCUCUUGAUGAGGAUGACUGUGAAGAAAACAGUGAAAUCUGUGAUAAUCAGAUGCGAUCUGCGAACCUCACACGUCUUGACUUGACCACGGAGUUCCCUUGCAGUACAAAUGAAUUGAAUUAUGCAUUUGCACGUCUCAAGAUAUUUGAGGUUCAAGGCUUUAUGAGGCUUGUUGAUCCAGAUUACCUUAUUCAAGUGAUUCGUGACAUAUUUUUCCUUGCAGACGAAUGUGCGUGGGAUUGGCGUAAAACUGGAUUCUCGAUUAGGAAGGUGAUAGAAAAUCUCAAAGAUCAACACGAGCCUUCAGUUUUGAAACAGAUAAUCGGAAUAUAUUUCCAUCCAAGGAAUACACCAACCUGCACAAGUUCCAGCGAUCUGAGCGUCUUCCCUCGCAGCUCAAAAAUUUGUCAGCUGGUCGGAGAGCAGUUACUUUCUGUCACUAACAGCUUUGAUCUCAAUGAUUUCAAAGCAGUUUGGAAAGCUACCGUUCCAUCUGGGUUGCGUCCAAAGCUAAGAAAGCAUCUAACGUGUGCCGGCCGAGCGUUCUGUGGUACUGCGGGAACAUCUAUGGACACCAAUUUUUCUGCAAGGGGUCGACCCAAUGCUGAUCGUAACCAUCCUUUGUUUCGUACAAUAUCCCUGCUACGAUCAGAGGAUCUACCUGAUGACACGGUAGAGUCCAGACUGCACGCAUUGUUUGAACGUUCUGCAGCAUGGCCGGAGCUCGAAUUGGCCAGUUUUUUGAUCGAUCUGGUUGUUCCUCCAGAUACCAGUUGCAAGUUACACUCAGACCCAGUGAUCGGUCCCUUGACUUUCCCAUGCACAGCUAAUACGGAUUCGGAUUUCGAGUACAUAGACGAAUUGGAGGGGGAAUUUCCGGAAUCUAACACAAGCACUGAGACUGAUACACCAAAACCAGCCCCAGCUUCUGUGGUGACCAUACUGAGUAGAUUGUGUCGAGUGACCACCGUGGAUCAAGGUCGUAUCUAUACAGAAAAGUAUGCCACCAUCUGA